AUGUCGUGUAUAGCUGGUCCCUCACGAUUCGCAAUACGACAAACCACCUCGAGCGUGUUCCCAGUUCUAAGUCGUGUGACUCUGGUUGACCGAAAAUGGCCUCCAACUCGCCCACUUCGACGUCCUGUAACGACUUCUCGACCCAAGCAAGAUAAACCCAAAUCUCAACCUCGAUACAACUUCAACACCUCACUCAACUUUACAGAGGAGCCUGAUCCUGAUCAUGUCAGUUAUCGUCGAGUGACAGCUUCAGAUCUCGCAAAACAUAAAGAACCACCUACGAGAGUCAAAAUGUUAGUCAGAGAUUUUAUAGAUGAUUCAUUGUAUAAUCCUCACUACGGUUAUUUCUCUAAAAACGCUACCAUCUUCACACCACCUCAAGAAGAAGGAUACGACUUUAUUUCUUUUCGUGAUACUGCGGCGUUUUCUGAAGCUGUGGCAGAUAGGUAUGAGAGUUAUAAUUUGGUUCCUACGGAACAAUCAGGUUUGGGAAGACAAGUUUGGCAUACACCUACAGAAUUGUUCAAACCAUACUAUGCUCAAGCUCUCAUAUCAGCAAUAUUGAAAGAAUAUAAACUUUAUCAUUACCCACAUCAAGAUCUUAUCAUUUACGAAGUAGGAGCUGGGAAUGGUUCUUUCAUGUUAGAUUCAUUGCGUUUCAUACGUGAUCAUCAUCCCGAUAUCUUUAUCAAAACGAAAUACCGAGUAAUCGAGAUUUCACAAGCUUUGGCAAAAGUACAAAGGGAUAGAGCGAGGAAAGCGGGGUUUCGUAAUGUGGUAGAGGUGAUCAAUGAGGAUGUUUUCAAUUGGCAAGGUGGUGAAGAUAAAAGUUGUUUCGUUAUCGCUUUAGAGGUAUUUGAUAACUUUGCACAUGAUAUGAUCCGUUAUGACAUUCAAACACUUCAACCACUUCAAGCUACAGUCUCUAUAGACUCUUUCAACAAUUUUACACUUUUAUACGAACCCAUUUCUGAUCCAUUACUUCAAAGAGUAUUGCAAUACAAACAUCUUCUUUCUCCUUCUUCAUCCACUUCCCCUCCUCUUCAUCCUCUUUUACUCCGAUCACCACUCCUAAGAUCUAUAUGGUCAACAUUACCUUUCGGACCAAACCUCAGUCAACCGGAUUUUAUCCCUACCAAAGCUAUCCUUUUCCUCGAACGUCUUCGGGCUAGAUUACCAGCUCAUAGAUUGUUAGUGGCUGAUUUCGAUGCUUUACCAGAGGCGGUGAUAGGAAGGAAUGGACCUGUAGUUCAAACUAGGUAUGGAAGUAGUAUGGUUCCGUGCGAAACGUUCUUGGUGAAACAAGGUUAUUUUGAUAUUUUCUUUCCUACAGAUUUCUCCCUCCUACGAAACAUUUAUUCCCUGAUCAUGAACUCCCCACCUCAUCUACCCAUCUCCAAAAUUCAUUCCUCUACAUCAUUGCACCUCAAUCCUUCUCCAAACCCAACAUCCAAUCAAACCAAUAUCAAGAUCCUUCCUCAAUCUAUGAAACCCUCGAGACACUCCAACCCCCCAAAUGUCGAACCACCUUCUCCAGCGGUAGAAUGGUCUUCACAAACUAUCAUACCAUUCUUCACACCUCAUCGUCUUACUGGUGUACAAGGGUUCAGACGUCGACAAGUAGGUAUACAUACACAUUCUGAUUUCUUAUUGAAAUAUGGGAGGGACGUGGUGGAUCAUACUAAGGUUAAGGAUGGGAGUAAUGUCAUGCUUUCAAUGUAUGAUAAUGCUCGGGUAAUGUUUUAA